CUAUAAGCAAAAAGAAAGGAAGUAGAUUACAUUUUAAACUCUUCAAACUGAAAAAGCUCAUCAUUCUAUUUCCAGCUCGUCCAUUGAUUGUGUUUGAUCUGCAAGGGGAGAUUGGACUCCAGCUGAUAAGGCAGAUGCAAGGAUGAGUGUCGAGUACCAUGCAUCCACACAUGGCAUUGAGGACAGUAAAAUUGCCUACAAGCAGUUUUUUGAAGAAGGCAGCAAAUUUCACUUUGCAGUUUAUGCAGUAAGAACCAGCCCUUUCAAGAUUGCCACAGUGUGCCUGGGGUUGCUGUGUUUACUCCUCUUGGCUGGUGUCAUAGGUCAAAGCAUCCACUAUCAAAAUGUGGAACGAGACCAUCAGAAUAGCUCAAAAGCCAUGAGUAUGCAGAAUCAGAACCUGCAGCAAAACAUAAAAGCUGUGCAAAAAGAGAAACAGGAUACGCAGAUACGCUAUGAUCGCUUACAGGAAAAUUACAACUCCUUAUCUACAAGCAGAGGACGGUUGCAGACCAAUUACAAUUCACUGAGGGAGGAAAAACAACAGCUUACACAAAGCCAAGCCCAGUUAAAGGACAGUAACGCUGCUUUAAACCAAGAUUUAGAAAAGCUAAAAACUCUUAAAAACCAGCUGCAGUUGAACAAUGAUGCCUUGACUACAGGCAAAGAGUUGCUACAAAAACAAUAUGAUUCAGUCCUCAAGCAAAGAAAUGACUUGCAGACUAGUUUUGACUCUGUGACCAAAGAGAGGAACAACUUACAGAACAAAUUCAACAAUGUAACCAGAUCAAGAGAGCAGCUGCAGAAUAGUUACAACGACUUGAUUAAGACAGUGGAAAAUCUGCAAGAUAGCUACAACUUCUCUACAAGUGAGAAGGACAAGUUAGCAAAAGGUCACCAAAAUCUGACUGUGCAACUUGAGCGUCUUCAGUCUACCUACAAUGUAAUCAAAAAAGCAGAAAAUGUCCUGCAGGCUAAUUAUGAUUCAUUGGUUAAGGAAAAAAACGCUCUUCAAAGCAAUUUUCAGAAUGUAACAUCAGAAAGAGACCUGCUGAAGGUGAAUAAUGAAAACCUGACUGCUGAGAGAGUAAAGCUGUUGGAGGAAAUUAACAGACUGAAUGCAACAAUGCAAGAGAAGAAAUGCCCCACUGGCUGGAAGAAGUUUGAGUACAGCUGCUACUUCACUUCAGUUAGCAAAAAAACGUGGGAAAGGAGCAGAGCUGACUGCCAGAACAGAGGAGCAGACCUGGCAAUAAUAAAAAGCCAAGAAGAAAUGACCUUCAUCAAUGGCUUGUAUAGCAGUGACAAAGAAGUCUGGAUUGGACUGACUGAUGAAGGAGUAGAGGGGCAUUGGAAAUGGGUGGAUGGAACUCCAGUGACCUUAACGUUUUGGGGUAAAGGCCAGCCCAACAGCUAUGAUGGGAGAAACCAAGACUGUGUGGAGUUUUGGCACCGCGCAUCAGGCAUCGGUGAUUGGAAUGAUGAGAACUGUAAUGUUGAACAAAACUGGAUCUGUGAGAUGUAGUUUUCCAGAACUUUGGAAUGCGUUAGGUGAUACUGUCUGUUACCAAUGAACAUCAUGUAAUGUAAGCAUAGAAACAUAUUAAGGAUUAUAAUAGUAUGUUUUACAACUCACCAAUUUAUUCAAACGUCAUUUGCUGGCGCAAAUACAGAUUGAUGUAGCUUGUUGAAUGAGUGACCCAAAAGGGACUCCAAAAAUAUCUGCGUAUACUGUUUAUCAUCUUAUUCCUGACUCUGAUGGUGACACAGUAUCUGUCACUUGCCAACAGAUAUUUUUGAAAGUACAAUUAAUUUGACACAUGUAACUUACCCAUAUGCCAGUUUGUAUGAAAUUAAUUUACUAUCAUGACCAUUUAGUGCAUUGAUUAACGAAAGCCUUUACAAAGACUUGUACUGUUAUAAUCAGUUCUGUUAUUAUCACAUAAUUAUGCUGUACUUGCUUAUCAGUGAUUUUUUGUGACUGGGAAAAUGGUACCAAAUUAAAUGCUGUGUAACUAUGGAUAUAUUAAUUAACCACCAUUCAGUUCUUGCUUUCAUUAUUACAAUU